CAUCGCGUUUUAUGUGCUUCCAGUCUUCAGUAGGACACCCUCCAGUCACUCCCACAUCCCUUAGUCCGUCCUAUAUGAGAGGGAGCAGCCUACCGCCGCCGCCCGGCGCUGUUCAAACGUGGGAAGGACACAGAGAGGGACGCACGCACGCAAGCACGCCACGGCUGCCGUUGUCUGCGCGGUUGUAUUGUUAAAUGUACGGCUCUGCUCGACUGUCGACACAUACUACCUUCGUGCUGCUGGAGCCAGAGGCUGCGAGUCUUCAGGAGCUGAGGCGCCGGCGAUUGAGAGGACAUUAAGAGAGAGCAACUGGUCAUCCAAAGACGAGUGCAAGCCGUUGGACACAUCUGUGUUCAAGACCUUAGGAGGAGGGAAUGAAACCGGAUGGGGUUACCAUGGAAACCACGGAGCCCACUGAAGCCGCAGCAAUAGCAGAACCCUCCCUGUUGCAGGACAACAUAACGGAGCAGGCGUCAUCUCAACCAGAGGAAGCUGCAAAUGAGGCAGCGCCCACAGUUGCUCCAAAGGCUGGUGACAAGCAAGGGGCCACCAACCCUAAAACCAAACAAAAAUCAGUUGAAACUAAAAUUCAUCCCAAAGCAAAAAAUGCAUGGGUUUCUGGGUCCAACUCACGGCCCGGUACUGCCUCGCACAGCACGGGAAAUAACGUCAAAUCCUCUAACAGUGUUUCUUCAGCUGCAGCAAAGAAAACAGUAUUGACGGCAGCGAAAGCAGCAGCAGCAGCAGGAGCUGUACCUAAAAAACAUUUGGGCACAUCAGCAGUUUCCACCAAGAACCAAACUAGGGUGCCGGACAAGAAGCUUAUUGGACCUACCAGGACUACCUCUGUUGCUGCUGCCACAGCAACAAAUAGUACCAAGCCAGUAACAGUGAAUGGCACUCCUAAGAAGAAACCAAUGGCUGAGACUGUUAAUGUAGCAAGACCCAAAACCACAGUUGCUGCCUGCAGGCCAGCACUAUCUUCUGCACCCAAACCCAGUACUUCGACCACGACAAAAGCUGUCGGUGGAGCUGUUUCAAGGACUACAAGGCCUGCUACAGCUCCUUCAACAACACGACCUGCAUCCACAACUGCAAGGCCCACCACAGCUAUGACCAAGCCCUCAACCUCUGCAAACCCCAGGACAACUGUGUCAAGAGUUACACUUGCACCCUCUGCUGGCAGGACCACAGCAGCACAGCCUUCCAAAACCACUGCCACUGCUAAGAAAGAUGUUGGUGGAGCGUCUUCUGCUGCAGUGGCUAAGAAGCCUGCAACAGCUACACUGUCAACGGCUACCAAAAAACCUGAACCCUCUAAACCCACAGCCACGGUAAAGCUCAACUCUGCCUCCAAAAUGUCAGCAACCGCAAAGGCAGCAGACCCCAAGAAGUCACAAUCUAAAACCUCACAGCCUGUAAAAACUGCCACAAAACCGGUAGCUGCUGUUCGGUUCCCUGCUGUGAACAAACCACCCCUUGGCCGAACCCCACCGGCCUCUCCAGUAAGCAGACCUGCAAAUGGCAGCACUUCUCAGUCGAAGCGUGGAACCAAACCCACUCAGGCUGUCCAACCUUUCACUGCUGUCAAGACAAAGAGUGCAAACGCUACCCAACGUGCUGUAGAAGCACGGAGUGCUGCUGUAGCUGCUGUAGCUGCUGUAGCAGUUGCUGCAGUCUCGGCCGCAGAGACGCAAGCAGAGGCUGCAGUGACCGCACCACAAGAAUCACCACGUGCUGCCUCUGCACCAGAGGAGGUCCCUCCAAUCUCUGCACAGGAUCCCCCACCAGACGUCAUGCCUCAAGAGACAGUGCAAAGCCACACGGCUGCUCCCUCUCCCCCACAAAGCCCCAUCAGCACAGCCUCACCAGUAACAUCUCCACCCCAGCAUCAGCUAGAGAGCAGUGCUCCCUUGCCAACAGUAGCGCCUACAUCGUCUGUGGCCUCCCCUCAAGAAGAGCCUUUAUGUGAAGAGCCUGAUUACUUGCUGACAAAUCAAACUUCCUCCACAUCUAAAGCAGCAGCAAAUGUCAUCCCUCAGAUGGUUCCUCCCAUCAGUCUUAAUGAGGAUGAGGAUGAAGAGGAGAGGGAAGGAAGCCAGCUGAUAUCUGUGUCUGAAAUGAGUGGAACAACACAGCCUACAGAAGAGUCCCGACCUGGAUCAGCGGGACCAGUGGGAGGGUCUGCUUGGCGAGCUGGUGGCGCCUUGUUCUCUGAGCUGGACUCUGAGGAUGUAAGUGGCAGUCAGCAGGGGGCAUCUGAACUGAGCGCCCCUGGUGUCCUGGAGGGCACAGAGAGCAUGGAUGACCUGGGAGAAGGCAGUCUCAAAGGAGCCAUUGAUAUGGAAGGAGCCUCAGCAGGGUCUCCUGACUUUGAGAAGGUUCCUGAUAUACCAGUUAAUGACUUUGAUGAGGAGGAGGAGGAGGACGACGAUGACAAUGAUCGGGUAUGUGACAUGGAUGUGGGCUCAGAGCGAACAGACGACCUGCCGAGACCCAGGCAUGACAAUGACGUGGAUGAUGAGGAGGAUGAAGAUGUGGAGAUGGCUAGUGAGGGGGUGACGGAGAGUGGGCUGGAAAGCUAUGGAAAUGCAGACGAGGAUGACUUUGCGGAGGAUGAAAGGCUGGACAACUUGAACAGAGUGGUCCAGCCACUUCCUCCCCCUCCUCUGCUGCCUUCUGCACCAGCUGCUCAGUGGGACCAACCAAAUCCCUUUGCUGAUCCCUGGGAAGAAACUCUUCAGCCACUGCAGGUUCCUGAGCUCAUGGGUGAGGUGGCAGGAGCAGCGGCAGUGAGCCCUUCAGCCAACCCCUGGCAAGCAGACUCCGAGACCCCAACUCAGACCCCAGCUCAAGCUUGGCUAGAACUUAGCACCACUCCUUUUGUUGUUGAAAACCAAGACGUUGCCCAUCAUUCUUCUGUCAAAGGUGAGCCUCAAAAUCCAGAGGCCCAAUUGUACCUGGAUCAGUUUAGCCCUGCCCCAAUGCAGACCCUGCCCCUAGCUCCUCUUUCUGCCCCAGGAAUGUCCCUCUCGAGCACUGUGAGCAGUGAGACCAGCACACCUGAAGAACUAUGUGACUACAAUAGAGAAGAUAAACUGCAACCUCAAGAUGCACAUGCCACGGAACCUUCUUUUCAGCCCGACCCAUGCAUCCACUCGGACAGAGGGGAAGAGGAUGGGGAGGAUGAGGCAGAGACCCUGCCAGCUGACGAGGUCUUAGGGGGUCCUGCAACUGCACCUACUUCCAACCCUUCCUCAUCUUCAGUAACGGAAGAUGAGGCCAGUGACACGGAGGGAGAAGCUCAGCUGGAUGAUUCUCUGGAGAGGCCAGCUCUCUGCAACAUCACUUUCGACAGCCAGCUUCCAGCACAGCAACGCUGUCUGUCCACCGUGGAAGAAGGAGAGGAGGUUGAGACGGAAGGGGGCGGCGCAGGUGGAGAAACCACCCCGCCUUCAGCUACCUCGUUGGCCUCUUACGGCUUUGACACCAUGACCACAGCUUCAAAUUCAAAUGCCCAUUCCACAGGAGAGAGCUGCAUCAAGAGCCCGGGCAUCUUCUCCCUGGAGGAGCUUCCUGAGGAGGCCAAGGAGCCCUGUCUGAUCCCACAGCCUCUCACCCAGCCAUCUGUCGCAGAGCAGCAGUACAUCGAGUGUGGGAAACAGGAACCAGGGUCAGCUGAGCUUGAACAGGAGGAAGCACGGGGGUCAGAGGAAUCUCCGUCAAGUCUGUGCUCUCUGCAGAAACCAGAAGACAACCCAGAUGACAUCCAGCCUCCAUAUUAUUCUGCUAUCUGUGAAAAGACUGAGAACUCUUUUGCAGGCUUCACUGCACUGCCACACCCUCACCGCCGUGAUCACGUCGCGUAUCCCAGAAACUACUGCGACAUCGCCAAACCUCUCGUCACCUCCGUUGCUCCGCCUAAGCUGACAUGUGCCGACCUCCCUCCGAGGAGUCCGGGGCAGCAGGCGCUCAGCCCCCAGCUCCGCAGGCUGGAGCAACACCAGAGGCAGCUGCUGGAGCUCCAGCAUCGCAGGGAGCAACAGAGCAGGCCGCUGGAGGAGGCGGAGCAGGAGAGAAAGAGGAGGGAGGAGGAGGAGCAGAGGAAGAAGAAGGACGAAGCGGAGGAGGAAAUAAAAAGGAAUAAAGAGGAAGAGAGACAGGUGAGCGAGCAGGCAGAGAUCGCAAAGAAGAAAGAGGAGGAGGAGCUGAAGCAGAGGAGAGACCUUGAACUACAACUGCAGCAGCAACAAGAGGAGCUGAAGCAGAGGCAGCAGAUCAUGCAGUGGCAGCAAGAGCUGCAACAGUCUAAUAAUAAAGGCCAGGCGGUGCUGUUGUCUCCCACCUCUGGCCUCUGCACCAUCUACGAAACCCUGGAGAACAGUGAUGCAGAGGACACAGAAGACGAAGAAGAGGAAAUGAAUGAGCUCAACUCCACCGAGGAGAAGAAAGAGCCCGAGGAGACGUUAAAUGAAGAGUUGGAUGACAUCAGCGAAAGGGUCACACCAGAUAAAGAGAUAUGUCGAGACUCUUUGCCCUUGACCAAAACACCUUCUCCUCCCCCAGAUGCCCCGGACACACCAAGCUACCCCUCCCAGGAUAGAGACUGCUCCUCCCCUUCUACUCCUGAGUCUCCAGAGCGGCCUUCACCCCUGGAACUGGACUGGGGGAAGAAGGUGGACAUAGUCCAGCAUCUGAUCAAUCAGACGCUGCUGCUGAAUGGAGACGGCUGCUCCUCGCUGCUCCUGAUGCCAGGAGGUGCAGGGGGAACGCUGAGCCCCCUGGAGAGCAGCCUGUGGCCCAGUCUCCUGCCUCCACUCACCCCGCCUUCUGCCACCGUCACCUCUGUGAGUAGCUUCUCCCCAGAGGCGACUGGAAGUUCCCCACAAGGAGAGUGGACGGUGGUCGAGCUGGAGACGCAUCACUGA